CUGACAUGACGUUAGAUGGCGCUCUAAACGUCGACUGGGAGUCGGUCAAAAUGGCAGAACGCAUGGCGGUUAAUUUGGGCUCCAGGAUAUGGGGUCCAUACAAGGAGCUCUACCAUACUGUCUCCCUCAUCGUCUCCAAGAGAUGCCCGGAUCCUUACCAGGAGCUUGAUGCCAUCAUCAGAAAACACAAACCAGACUUUGUUGCCCUUCUGAAGAAUCCAGCAAAGAAUUCGCAACACAGAGAACAGAUCAAGAAAGCCGACGUUGAAGGCGUCGUUAUUUCAGGACAAGCAAGGAGUCGCGUGCUACCACGGCAACUCAUUGAAGAGGCUCUUAUCAUCAGCGACCUUUUUGAUCUGAACGAGUAUGCAGCUGUGGAGCUACUUCUGGCAGGAGACCAACAACAGCCUCAUUUUCCUGGCCUACCGCGUGGCCUGGUCGCUGUCCUACUCUACUACGAUGGCCGGUGCAGCCUCAUCAACACCCUACAGCUUCUGAUCCAGUCACGCCGUGGUCGUACAUGGACCUUUGACCUCGACGAUGAAGUCGUUGACCUCGUAACGUCAUUCACCGAUGACCUCGUCUCUGAGGGGCUGGUCAAGAAGGUGCUGGAGUUUCUGAAGAAGAUGGAUGUCGUCAAGGAGAUGAAUGACCUGGCUAAGGAGAGGGCCCUUGGAGGGCCAAAGCACCGACAUGAUGUCCAGGAGUUUAUUCGUGGUGUCCGUUCCUCUCUCGCCGACUGCCUCUACUGCUUUGCCUGUCAGACACCCUUUGGGAGAAAGGAUACCAUUCUUCUUGCCAAGCAUCUGAUGAACGAGAUAGAGUUGAAUGCAAACGGUAGUAUUGAUGAAUGCUCCAUAGCCCUUCUCAUGGCCUUCAUGUACAGCAUUGAUACAGGUGUAAUAGAACAGAGACCGGAGGACAGAGAAGAGAUGGAGCAGCAGCUACCAAUCUUGAAGGAUAACCAGUAUCUUCCUGCAAUCCAUGACCUUAUGACCUCUGAAGACGAAGGUCAGUGGAAGGUCAAAGGGAUCAAGGGGGUCAUGCAGCUGGCCUGGGCGUUGACCCUGAGGAAUUCUGCUCAGCUACCAGAACUUUCACGAUUUCAAGAUCAGAUAGAAGAAGAUGAAAUCCUGGUUGAUAGAGCUCUUCAAACUGAUGUCUUCUCGUUCAUCAAUAAAUCUCUCAUCGCAAACAAAGUCUUCCAUCAAAAUGAAUUCUACAUCCGUCGAAUCCAUGGCCUCAUAACAGACUUCAUCUUUCAGAUGCCUCUCAAGGUGAAAGAGAUCCGUAACCGUGGCGAUGAAGCUGGUCGUCUAAUGAUGUCAUAUGAAAGAGAAGGUUUAGAAGUCAACCCAAACUUGCCAAGACAUUUUGAAGAUUUCUUGCACCUGUUUGGAUAUUUGUAUGAGAAGGAUCCUCUUGAUCUGGAGCUAUCCCUUGAUUACUGGAAUCCACCCGAGAGGGGUAAUAGCCCCGGAGGAGGGGGCGCAAGCUACAUCAGUAUCUACCAUCAUAAACAAUCACAGCGACAGGUGAGCCUGUUCAAGUUUGUCCGUAUGGCAGGAGAUCUCCUUCCCCCAUCACUCUACAUCCCAUAUCUACACAUGCUACAGGGUGUGUCAAACAGCCACCAGAGUGCCCAUCAUUGCUUCAACCUACUCAAAGCAAAUGGAAUGGGAGGAGCUGGUGCAAGUGUGGGCAGUGUAUCAUGGGAUCACUUCUUCUUCUCACUCAAUCGCUACUACUCGUCCCUCCGACAAGAGAUACGCUCAACCUCCCCUUUUCAGGAAGUGGGCCAGUCCGCCCAGUCAUUCAGGCUUGGGGCCAAGGGGAUCACUCCACAGGAGAUGGAGGGGUUGAUCAAUGUCCUCAAGCUUGUCCAAGUUGUUGCUAGAGAGAACGAGGAUGCAAGAAUAGCGAUGGUAGAAAAUCAGUCAUGGCUGCCAACGGUUCUUCUGUUUGGUCUGUUAACAUGUAGCAUCCCUCCACCACUCAAAGCAGAAUGCCUUAGAACAUUAGCAGUAUUUGCUCAAUCUCCUGACAUAGCAGUAACCCUCUGGCAAUCGCUUGAAGUUUCUCAGAUCAUACCUACUGUUCCUCAAGCUGGUGUUACUCCCUCUGGAAUUCUCCUGGAGUUAGAGGAGAUAGAGUCCAACAACGAAGAGUAUCCUCUGACCCGCGGUUUCCUAGCCUUGGUGGAUGCCCUGACUGAGGUCCCUAUACCCGUCAUGUUAGGAGUUGGUUACAGACCUCCAGGUUUUGAUCCUUACCUCAAGUUCCUUAGGGAUUCUGUGUUCCUCAAGUUCCGCACCCGGGCUUAUCGCAACCCAGCAGAAAAGUGGGAAGUGGCAGCCGCUGUGACCAAGAUCCUCUGUAAGCUUCUAGCCAGCCAUGAGCCUCACCCGGAAGAGUUCCAAGACCACGUCGUAGAGAUUCAGGGAGGUGGAACAGCUAUCACCAACAAGCCUCCUGGACAUCAUCUCCUAGUUCACAUGCUGAACGAUAGUUCCAUGCUUCAAUUGAUUCUAGGCAUCUUAGAUGAGAGCAUUCGCUUACUCUCGCAGUACCACACGUUCCCAGGCAAGGAAAGCAUGACGGAGUGCGCCCUCAACUGCUUGACUAUGCUUGACCUGGCCCUGGAGAAACAGGACAAGUUCAUUGACCUUUUGAGAGGUCAAGCAUCGAGUCUAAUGGUCACUCCACUUGACCAGUUACUAAUGGGUAUCAACCCAAGGUCCGGCCGUGCUGACCAUCUCUGUCAUGUUGCGAAGUUUGUGAGUUUCAAUGUAUCCCUUCCCAAGCAUUCGCUAGCAGCGGUCAAGGUUCUCUAUCGAAUGGUCAAGUCUUCCAAUGUCCAACCCGAGAUUGUCAAUCUCUUCUCCAUCAAUAAGGAGGAAUCAGGUCGUAUUCUUCAUGGAUUUGUCGAGUGUCUUGAGGUAGAAGAUCUGGAAGUAACUGAGACCGAAGCUUUUCAAGAAGAAGAUGCUGACCAUGGCAGCGAUGAAUCCUCUCGACUUCACAGCCAAACACGUCUCUAUGCCAUGAGACUCCUCUUAUUCUCACUCGGUCAACCAGGACCUAACCUCGCACACUUCCUCCUCGGCUAUAACACAAGGAAACCGGUUAACAAGACUGAACUACAAGACCCAGGUGUGCUUGGCUCCCCACGCACCUGCCUCCACGCGGUCGUCUCGGUCCUAGAGCGCGGCAUCACGUCCCACUCUGGCCCGUCGGCUAUCCACAACACGCCUCAGCUAGCCGAGCUUGCCUACGAGCUCAUAUACCGUCUGUGCGCGAACCGUGAGACCAGCGCUCCCACCAUGCGCUACCUCCGCACCACUCAAGACUUCUUCUACAAGCAUCUCAGGCAUGCUCCGUUUACCAACGGCAAUGGAGAAGAGACUGAAGAGCGUAUCCUAUUGAAUCAACAAGCCUGGCUUCUCAAGUCUGUAGCCAUCGAGCUUAGAUUGACGGCUGUCAAUCGUCAGAGGUCUCAUAGCCAACGUCUUCUGCGUCUCCUACUUGAAGACACAGCCUCGCAGGUCAAUGAUGAUGUGGAUGGGUCUGUAGAUUGGGACAGAGUUACAAUGGAAGCAAGUACACUUGGAACUAGCAUGGCACAGACACACGCUGAUACUAAAGGGCCAGGCCUUCAGAUGAGAAGACGUAUCCUGCAGCUCUUGGACUCCGUGGAGUUCAGCCAAACCUUCCCCGCCCCGCUUCGUCUGGAGUCCUUCGAGCCAUCGGGUGUAGAACAGACAAUCUUAAACUGCGAAGAGAAGAAUGAAUAUGGUGUCCUGCUGUGCAAUCUGAGACUUCUUCAUCAUAUCCUGGUUGACCAACUCAAUCGACAUGGGGCAUCUGGGUCAGUCGUAGGUCAGAGGUCAAGGGUUGAAAUGGAGAUUAGGGAGAUUCUGAGAACUGCUGUCUCAAGGAACAGCGUAAGACGUUCAUUGGCUGCCAAGCGCCAUGGGUUUGAUGCCUGGCGUCAGGUUCUUGAGGUGCUGCUGACGUCUUUGCCUCAGGAAUCCCUUGCAUUGGAGAUUAGGCAGAAGGUUACUGUGGAUAUCCUUCAAGAACUCCUUCAAAAGGUAAACCAAGAGGACUCUGUUUCCGAGCUGACCUCACCAGUCUCCGGAGCCUUCCUUCUCCUAGCCAUGACCCUCCGACAGUGCUCUAUCUCAGACAAUGCCCAGUCGGUAGCCAAUCUCAUGUCGUCACAGUAUGUCAACGUCCUAGACGGGUCUAUGGUGCAGACGUUGGAUUCGUCGGUACUGAGUGGAGGGGAUACCGAUGGAAGAAGAGGAGGAGGGGUACAGAUUCCAGUCGUGUCGUUGACAGCGAUCCUCAAGGAACUUCUGACUUUCAUACUUUCAACAGGUGGUGCCCAACAGCGUGUCCGUACCAAUCUCUAUGGGGCUCUACUCAACUACCUUCAGAUCCCACAGAAACCCAAGGAGAUCCCCACCCUCCAGGCCUCGACAGCCAUGAACUCGGCCAUCCUAGAGGAAUAUCAUCGGGUCAUGACCGCCAACCUUGCCGUCAUCCAGGAGUUUGGAGAGCCAUUCUGUGAGCUGGUCUCCAGAGAUGCAUGUGAUGGGCAUGAACUGGGAAGGACAUUGGCAUUGUCCGUCGUUGAUGCCAUCAACUCCAUUGACAGACGAGGCCAUUGGCUGAGUAUCCUGAUAUCCAAGGGCUACUUGAGUCACUUUAUUGAAGAGCUACUUCGCAUGGAUCAAUCGUUACAGAGCUGUCUACAACCCAACCCAGAACCCAUGAAGGCACUCUACAUAUAUGAAUCUACUCUGUCCUUAUUGAUGAGAGUUGCUGAGAGUGCCAACGGUGCCCAAGCAUUACUACAGAUGGGUCUGAUGGAAAGACUAGGCCAGUGCAGGUUUAUAGACCUAAGACCAGAACACCACACAAUCAGUAGUCACCCAAGGUUAGUUGAAGGCAUGGAAGCAAUCGCUGUGGAUUCUUUCCUUCCUGAUGUAAUGAGUCGCUAUCAUCAACUACUCUUCCCAGUUCUAAGGUUAUGCACAGCAAUUCUCACUUCCCUAGGCAGUCAACACAAGGAGGCUACCAAUCAGGUGCUCCACUUUGUUAUAGCUCACGCAGACACCUUCACUGCGAUCUUACGGGAGCAGCAUCAACGUCCUGAGAGAGAAUCGCUUGAGGAACUUUCUCUUGUAACAGGGGUUAUAUGCACUGUCAUGGGCGAAGUUGACUACUUUGACCCAUCUUUGUUGGAGACGAGCGUCCAUGCCCAGAUACCGGUCCAGACCCAUCUUACCCGGCUCCAUCGUCAGAUCCUUGCCUUGGUACCCAGAUACUGCAGCCUUGACCAGUGGCUCAAGGAGCUGAAGAGUGCUGAGGGAUGGCAGAGGGGUGCAGCAGAUAGACGGGGUGCGGAGGAAGAGCACAGAGCGGACGCCGAGACGGAAGGCAAAGGGAUGAAUGCGAGGUUGUUCUACCUCGAGAUCGUGAGCCAUGUGAUUGGAUACUGUCGAACUGUGGUCGUUCGUUCAGGUAAUAACGCUGAUGAAUAUCAGGUCAUCUUCACUCCUUCCCUUCAAGAGGCUGUAGCACGAGACUACCAAAGACUAGAAGCCUCGGCGAUGGCUUCGCUUGAUGUCAGCAAACCUCCCGGUCUUGGGGUCAUCGUUAGACAUCUUCAUCAGUCUGCUGCUCAAUUCAUGGUUGCCAUGGAGAUGCAUCAACAGUCCCUUCACAAGCUUCAGAAUAUUGCGGAUCUGCCAGCAGAGGAAUUGAAAGAGUUGUCACAUAGCAACGUAGGCUCACGAUCAACCACCCAGCAUCGUCUUCAAUUAGCGACACGAAGGCUCACUCAAGAUGUCCGUACUAGAGUCAAGGAACUCUCAAUCCUUUUCUAUUCCAUAGAAUGUGAUGUCUUCUUAAUCUGGCGCCAUCUGGAGUACUAUUUCUUGCAUUGUCAUCCUACUGGGGGUCCCUCAGCACCCUUUUUGCUCUCCUUCGCUCUUCGUCAGCCACCAAGGAAUUUAGGAGAUCUGUCAAGUCCAUCACUAAACGUCACCCAGGAUGAGAGCCAAUCCCGUUUCCCGCCAGUCAGUCCUCAAGCUCUAGGUAUCACCCAAGAUGAUCUUAAGCAGCUACGCCUCGAUGCCACAAAGUGCCUCAACGAUCCGCUCCUGAAGCGUGUCCAGGAGAUCGAGUCUCGUUUCCAAGCGCAGCGUCGAUCCAAGCAUGCCUUUGUCGCGGCGUUGGUUCGGCGUAUCCGGCGUCUAGUCACGUUGGAUGCACCUAGGUGAUUUAGGCUUUCAAGGAAACCCUAGAAGUGAUCAAACGAUGGAUUACAUUCCAAGGUCCAUACUCUGAAGUCUGGUUUAACAUAGAUCAUGUUCUAACUCUGUUCUAGUAUUAUGGGAAGCAUGUUUGCAUUGUAUGUUUAAUAUGUUUACUGACAUCUACCUUAUUUAUCCAUUCCAGACAGAAAUAUUUGACAGUCAAAUGAGCUGAUAAAUUGAACCUCUAAAGUUUACCGUAGGUUUGCUCCGAUGAAAGUUUCUCCGAAGCCAAACAUAAAGCGUGACCUCCAAAAUUAAAUAAAGCAAACUUCUAUUUUUUACAUUAUUAUGAACCAAAAACUCUAUUGAAAUCCCAACUCUAACCCUGUGCCCUCUGAGUUAUCAAGACCUGAACAAAUGUUGCAGGAGUAUUAUGUCAUGUCAUCGUUAAAGAUUAAUGUCAGAAUCGGCUCUCCUUAGUUGAUCUACAACUUUAGACCAGGAGCCCGUUUCAUUAAGGACUUGCAACUGUUGUAGCUUUGCCAUUAUGGCAACUACCAUGGUAACAGGGCUCAGCAACCAAUCAAAAUCAAGGUUACCAUGGUAGUUACCAUAAUGGCAAAGUUACAACAGUUGCAAGUUCUUUAUGAGACAGGCCCUAGGGCUCCGUAACAAAUAGGUUUGCAAUCAAUCACUAAAUACCAGUGACCAAUCAGAAUCACUGUUGCAUGCGCUAUCUGUUAAAAGUACUGACCGGCAACCAAUCACUGCGGUUCUAUCAUAUUUGCAAUUCAUCGCAAACCUCUGUGUUAUGGAGCUCAGAGUUUUAAUUAAACCUGUCUUCAGAAUACGGGCCCUAAUUUUUUCAUCUCUAGCUUUCUGUAGUUGUGAUUGAUCAGAUCAAUCUCAACUCUUUGAAAGACAUGGCCCAGAUACGAUAUUGUCUAACAUUAGCUUCUGUUUUUGUAAUAUAUCUUCAGAAUAACUGAUACAAGUCCAUGUAAUUUAACAGUUUAGUUGAGUUCUUUUGUAAAGAGUCUGUCUACGAUAUUGUGUUCUUUGUCAUGUAUAGAUGUUUAUAUCUGCCAAAAGCCAAGCUUAAAGAUUUUUGUAAACAAAAGAAAGUAAAGGAUUUUAAAUGUCAUUUGAAUAUUGGGUGAUGAAAAAUGAUUGAAAUAAAAAGGAGUACAGAAUAUAAGAUUAGUAUUGGCAGGGGGGAGGUUCACAAGUAAUUUGCCCAGUAAAAGUUAUUGUUUUUGUAUAUUUUGUAAAUAUGUAUCCAGUCUUAUUCCAUAUACAAGCCAUGUUGUUUAAGUUGGCGUUAUGACCACUACAGAGCUGCAUCUAUAAUUUGUGAAACUAGGACCAUUUAUUAAACUUGGGGUGUGUUUCACAAAGGGUUAAGUAUAAUGAUAAUAAUAAUAAUGCCAUAUUUUACCCUGGGAAGCCACCUUAGUUCUGAAAAUUGUUCUACCAGCGGGCCCUGCUUAACAUGAUAAUGUAAUUAUUACCCUGACUUUAGCACAGCUAGUAUAUGGCCAUCAGAUUCUUUACAAGUAUGACUAAUACCUUGGUCACAUUUGCUCUACGGCGACUUGAAAA